AUGAAUAAAUUGUCAUUUCGCGCACGUAGUUUAGAUGUUCAUAAAAGUUUACCCAUUUAUCGAGCAGAAGAUUUAACUGACUUAUCAGAAUGUGCAGCAAUCAAUCGUGCUGUACCUCAAAUGCCUACGGGCAUGGAGAAAGAGGAAGAAUCGGUAAGUAGAUAA